AUGUUGUCCAAAUUCACGUUCGCUGCAGCGGCUUUCCUCUCUUUUUCCAACGCCUUCGCACUUGGCCCUCUCCCCAAGCGCGAUUCCUCUAGCUGCCAUGGCUAUGCAGAUGGAUCUACCUACACGACUGGAGGGAAGAAGUUCCUCCUCUCCACCGACGUCGUCAAAUCCACCAACAACCUCGGUGGCCCCAUCUGGGACCUAAGCUUCACGGAGUGUGUCGCAGCAUGCGCAGCAGACCCAGACUGCGUCGACCUGGCCUACACCGGUGGCAGCGUGUGCUACCUCAAGAAAGGCCUGGGCGUGCCUUUCGCUGAAGACGGGACCUGCGACGCUGUCCUCAUCCCCGAACCAAUCUCUUCCAGCACUGAUUUGCCCGCAUGCUCCCCUACCACGGCGAUCUCAACCGCAACCAUCACCGAAUCAGCCUCAACCUCCACAACCACGGCCACAUCCACGCUCACCGUCACCGCCUUGACUACCACCACCACCGCCUGCCCCACAACCACCGACCCCAUCAUCAAUGGCUCCUUCGAAAGCGGCAUGGCCCCGUGGAUGCCCCUCCCUGGCGGCACCGACGGCUACGUUGAACGCGCAUCGCCGGGGACCAACUACAAAGGCAGCGACCAGGCAUGGGUGAUCCGAGGACGCAUCGACGCGACAAACCCAAACCUAAACCAGACCUUCGUGCAGUCUUUGAUCCUGUGCCCUGGGACAACAUAUCGGCUGACCUUCACGGCGCGGCGCAAUCUCUACAGCGGGCAAUCUAGUCUCCAAGCGUUCCUGGGUGCUGGGCCUGAUGCAGCGGUAGUAGUUGCGACGAUACCAGUGAGUGGGUGGACGUCGGAUACGAUGGUAACGUAUACGGGGAGCGAUUUCGCGGUGCCGGCGGGCGCGCAGUAUUCGGCGGGGAUUGUGCGGUUUACGAUUGGCUUUGCGCAGGGGACGGGGUAUCAGAAGGAUACGUGGGUUGAUAAUGUGAAGCUUACGCCCGUUGUUGGAGCGACGCCGUCGGCUUCUUGA